GUUUAUUUGAAGUUUAAGUAGUAAAACCUCACGAAAGCUACGUGAUUUUUCACUCUAAGCGAUCAGUACUAUCAUGCUAUUUGUUUAUGCUAUCCGCUCUAGAUGCCGGCAUGUUCAAUCGAAUCACCGUUAUGUUAACAUUUGAUGGGGUUUUCGUUACUGAUGGACUAUGAGUUGCCAAGCAUUUUCAAAAAAUAUUGGUCCAGCUCUGAUUGCUUGGUUUCUCCUUAUAUUUCUUACUGUUCUGUAUUUAGUGUUUAUUUGUUGGGAUUUUAGCAAAGAAACUAGUUAUGCAUUUAUUGUAUUCCAUUCUUUGCUGUUUUUCUUUGUGGUAUCUGCAUUCGGCAAAGCGACCUUCAUGGACCCUGGAUAUUAUGCUAUGGGUGUUCCCGGUGAAAAGAUGACUACUGUUGAGAAGGGUUCCCCUCGUACUGUGAUGUAUAAGUCUGUCGACAUCAAUGGGGUUUCCACCCGUUUAAAAUGGUGUGUCACAUGUGAAUUUUACAGACCUCCUCGCUGUUCUCAUUGCUCUAUUUGCAAACAUUGCAUUGAUACGUUUGAUCAUCAUUGUCCUUGGCUGAACAAUUGUAUUGGGAAACGGAACUAUCGAUAUUUUUUCUCGUUCCUACUCACAUUAACUCUUCAUAUGAUAAUUGUUUUUGGCGUGUCCAUGACGUAUGUCCUGAUGCGUACAAAUGAGCUCUCUCACUACAAAGUCAUCAUUGCCAUUGGUGUGUUAAUUUUGGUAGGCUUAUUGCUGCUUCCUGUGCUAGGUCUGACAGGAUUUCACAUUUUUCUAGUCAGCAAAGGACGAACUACAAAUGAACAGGUCACUUCAAAAUAUGAUCUUGAUAUGAACCCUUAUGAUAGCGGCAUUUGCAAGAACUGGCUACACAUUUUUUGUACCUCCCAACCACCUAUAUUGAAUCGACCAAAUGUAGCAGAAAUUGAUAUGUGGGAAAUAUCCUAUAAUGGCAAACCUAUCAAACACCGUCAGACAUCAAAUUUGCGCUCUGGAUCCAAUAAUUACAAACUUCCUGAUACUUUUAAGUCACCUAAAAACCCGGUUGAUAUUGUCAAACAGAAAGAAGUCGUUUGUGAAAAAGUGGAUUUGGAAAAUAUAGUCAAUCACUCUUCUGAUCAACGAAACACAUCCGAAUUAAUAUCAAGUGUUCAUCAUGAACUAAACAAUUCUCUUUCACCCAACCCACAAUCAAAAGUUUUAUCCCUUAAAGAGUUUUCAAAUGCAACCUCCACCAAUGAAAACCUUAUGUCUAGAUCUCAAUCUCCUGUUUGUGGAAGGACUGGAGAAUUAAAUAAGACAAAUUCAAGUCUUGCUUUAGGAGGAACAAAGUCAAAGUCUUUAGGUAACAAAGAUCAAGGUAAAAGUCUACUAUACGGGACAAAUGCACCAAAAUAUGUAUCAAGUGAAAAUAGUGCUGGCUUUAAUUCUAAUAUCAAUUCUGUUGUAACAGCUGCUAAUGUUCCCGCAAAAACUGUAUCUGAUAGAGAUCGUUUAGGCACAAAAGGUGAUCAUUUAACUCCACUUCUAGGAUCUCAAGCGUAUUCGGACGUUGAUUUAAUUCGGGGACGUCAGAUGCAAAAACUUACCAUUGAAAACCAAAGUAAGUCGAGUAAUUCACUUCAUCUCAGACAACAAGAUCAAAGUGCCACUACUGAAAUUGCCAGAAGUUCUUCACGUGAUUUUUCUUCUCGUCCCAAUGAAAGUACGUGUCCUUGUACAUCAUCUAAUUCGAUGACGAAUAUCCGUGAUCGAGUCACCUUACCCGUAAAUUCAUAUUGUACGCCAUUUUCUCAACCACGUGUUGUUACUGCUGAACAAUUCAGCACUCCUCAGGAUUUUAAUGGCACACAGUUUUCAUCUAAAUCUUAUUCUCCUUCAACAGGUCGUGGUAUACAUUAUGUCACAUCAGCUACACUUGCUUGUUCCACCCCUGAAUCUGUAAAUCUACCAACUAGCAAUAUAUCAAGGGGUUUCGUGAAAUCAAUGAGAUCCGAACAAUGCCGUCAUGAAGUUCCACAUCACGUUUAUUCUCGGUGUCCCGGAAUGCAAGUAGACCAGAGACAUUUACUACCCCAUAAUGAAGUUGCCAAUCAUUUAUUUCCACAGUCACUUCAUAGUCUUCCUCCACCUCUACCUCCUCAUGGCUCUCAGACAAAUAUUUCUCAUGCUCGUCCAUUUUGGCCUCCACUUGUACCUCCUCACGGUAUUUCUAAAUCAGUACCAUAUUUCUUGCCGGUUGAUACAGCUAGUCAAUUUGGUAGCACCACAGCAUCUUCUAAUCUACGUUUGGUUAAACCACCUUAUUUCAGUAAUCCUCAUGGGGUUCAAGUGGAUGGAUCUAGUUACUUCAUAGGUAGUCCACGUACAAAUGAACAAUCAGCUUCAAAACAUGUACCUCAGUCAUUUAGUUCGACUCAUUGUCCUUCAGUUAUGACACAAGCUGGUUCACGUCCUACGCCACCAUUACCUCCGCAUAAUCGAAUUUCUAAAUUGAAUGCACCAAACAAUCGAAUGCAAACAACUGGACCUAGGAAUCCUAAUCAUUUGGUCAGACGAUGGCAAAAGGAUGAUGAUUCUAAUUCCCCUGAUGGGACUUUUGAGAUCUCAGUUUAGAAAAUGUGUUGAUAAUUCGUUUAUUCUAAAAAUGAUGCUAAAAGUUCUACCCAAGUUCUUUCAUUUUUUUGUUUUCUUAGUUGUUUUUCGUUAGUCUUUUAAAAUAUCUUUAACCACUGUGAAAUUGCUUGUCACUCAACGAAAGAAUCUAUCUUGUUGCUUUUAUAAAUCUCCACAACUUAUUGUAUAAAUAACGUUUUUAAGUUAUGUUUUGUAACUACUAUGUACUCCAAUUGUAGCGAUGUGUUCAUAUUGUUUAGGAUUUAUGAAUUCGAAAAGAAAGAUUGGUUGGCAAAUAAUCAAAUAUUCUACUCGUUAUUAUAAAAUGAACAACUAUAUAUAUACUUAUGUGCAAUAAAAAAGAAACACUCUUGAAUGUUACUAAUUUCUCCUUCAGAAUUUUACGCAUAGUUUCCGUCUUAUUUACUGGAUUCUUUCGUUUAGAAAAUGCAUUAUUAUAAACCAUACAACGAAUUCUCAUUAUUAUCUAGGCGCUCAAUCAAAGCAAAGAAAAAAAAUACAAAAUUCAAACUAUGUUUUAAAAUUUCAUACCGUUUUGUAAAUUUCUACAGUAUUCGACAAUGUAAACAAAAUAUUAAAAAAAACAUGAUUGUAUAUUACAUGAUUUUUACAGUUUUUGUCUUAAGAAAUCACAAUUAUGUAUUCAUCUAUUUGUGAAUCCAAUUUCACCGAUUAAUAACAGUACAUAAAAUUGUUAUUACUAAUGUUGAUUGCUGACCUACAGCUGCCUUUGAUUUUUACUUUUGUUUGAAAGAAAAUUCCCUCUGAAUUAAAUAUAAUCAACUCUGUUGUGUUUGUAUAUCUUGUGAUCUUUUUGUUCUUAAUCAUACAAUAAAAAAUAUGCGUUCAUAGUAUGUUGGAUUGGUUAUGCUUAAUUAUUGAACAAGUGCUUUGUACGCCUUCAUGUAGUACGUCGUUACGUCGAUUUUAUGUACAAUUUUCUGUUCUGUACAGAAAAUAAAACUGAACUAAUGCAGUGUGUAUUCUUUUUGAUACGUCUGUUUGGUGCUGUGAAUAAUGGUUGUUCUGAAAUAUUACUUUAGUGAUAUGUCGAUUGUGCUUUCUGCCAUCUACUUGUCCGUUAUAGUGUUAAUGCUUUUUAUACAUUGAGAGUAUAGUUUUCUGUUCUUUCUAACCUCAUUAAUCAUAUUGUAAUUAUCCAUCUUACAGAAAAUUGGAGUAUAAAUGCUUGAUUAAAUUGGUAAUUGAGGUUUGCCAAAAAAGGUACACCAUUUAGACAUUAACUCAGAGUGAAAUGAUUCAGAUUUACUGUAUUCAGUUUGACAAAACUAUUGAGUACUGUUCAGUCCUCUCUAAUUUACUUGUAACAGUAAAACCAUAUUAAAAGGAAUCUCAACAAACAUAAAAUAAGAUGUCAAUUAUUCACUGUAAUACAUUUAAUCAAUGAGUCGUAGUAUAUUUUCCCAAAUUUGGAAAUACUCUAAUUUCCCAUGCAGUGAGAAAAUGAUGUUCAAAUCUGUGGCACCUGCUUAAUAGUUAAUAAUAAUAUCAGUCUAAUACAAUAGUGUACAGUUGUUUAUUAAUGUGCUUUUUUUAUGCCUUCGUAUUUGCGCUUAAGUAUAUUUUGCAUGUAAUCACUCAUCUUAUAGCAAUGCCUCCCGCUGGACAGUAAACUCAUUUAAGAGUUCUGAAUCGGUUAUCAUUUGCCCCAGUUGACAUUUCUGCAUACCUAUCUUUUUUGUCAUAAAAAUCAGCUUCAUUUUAAAGUUGAAGUCGGAAAUAAUUUGUUGUUUUCACUUAAAUCACUAACUAUGUAAUCCCUAUACUUCUUAACUAUAAGUGUUCGAGAUCAUUACUAUUCCCGAUCUAUUUUUUAAAAAUUUAAUUCGAAUUCAAAUUUUGUUUUCUGAUUUGUUACAAUAGUUGUGCUGGAAACAGGCUGGAUUUUUGUUGUUUCACUCCAGAAAAAAGUACCGUUUAAUGUCAUACUUUAUGUGUGUAUUUCCAAAUAAUUUAGGCUUCGUAUCUAUACUCCACUUUCUAGUGUUCAUUACAUUCAAAUAUCUAAUUUUUUUUUCAGUUUUCACCUCAAAAAGGCUUUACAUUGACUCAAGCAUGGUUGUAGUUGCUCACAUAUACUACCAUUAUUUUCUUUUUCAGUUACAAAUAGCUAAUCUGAAAGAAUCUGGUCUAUAAAAUUAAUAAGUCAGAAUUUUUUCUUAAUGACUUUUUUCUAGUUUGCAUCCCUGAUACUAAAUAUAAAGAUCCUGUACAACUAUAUUAAUUUCUUUAAACAAAUGCAGUUGGUUAGAGUUCUAUAUUACUUGAGGGUUCUUCUAAGUUUAUAAAUUUGCGAACUUUUUUCAGUCUAGAUUAAGUUAGAUGAAUUUUAUUUAUUAAAUUAUUUCGUAAAUUUUAGAUAGUAUGGAAGGUUGUUCAAGGAUGUUACAACUGUUAUUGUAAUCGAGCUUCUAGGUUAUAGUAAUCCAAACUUAUAAACCGUACUGUCUGUAUAGAUCUCAAAUAAUAAUCUUAAUAAAUUCAGUUGAUUAAAGUGUGAUUCGUAAAAUUCUUUCUUGUAUAAAUAAAUGCUUGUAGAUUGUGUUACUUUUUUACCUAAUGAAUUAUUGUUCUUUUUCAAUUGUUUUGCUGACUUCAUAGGAUCGAAGCUUCAGUUUAAAAUA